UUGACGUUCACAUGAUUGCGAUAAGUGUAAGCUACGUGGUCUAAUCAGUACCUAUCCUUAUGAUCAGUGUGACUCAAUUAAACACGAUUUGACUAUUCAAAAAAUGCAGAGCACACACUCCAUCCAUGCAUAUCACAUACUGAAAAAUGUUUUCUCUCUAAGCUUGCUAGAAUUUCAGUAUUUGUACGAUGCUUCCAUGGAUCAGGUUUUUGCUGCUUGUCUAGUUCGCUACCUCAGGCAUCUCAAAACAGUGCCGGCUAUAUUCCUCCCAUGUCAGUAUCAACGAACAUUAUGUGAUAACCCGAUGUGGAAAGUCGUUAUAAGUCGUCUGGUAAAGGCAAUUGUAAUCGAAGAGUCCAUGGCAUGGCUUUCUACACUUGGUGGUGGAUAUUCUUCACUUGGAGAUCACAAUGAUUAUGCGGCGAGUUUGGCUGGGACGGUCUCACUCUUUCAAAUGAGCCUUGCGUUAGAAAUUAACUCGCCUAUUCUCCUAGCUAAGUCCCAAUUAUGGUUUGCUCAAAGCUUAAUGCAGAGAGGAUUCUUGAAAAAUUCUGCUAAAAUAUUGAGACGAAUAUACAUAAUGUGGAAGCCUCUCAUGAGACCUGACCUUUCAUCUGAUAUGCGCAUAGAUUACAUGGCUCUUGGUUUGUGGGUACGUUUACGUCACUUAUGGAAAACAAAACAUAAAACGAAGUCGAAUUUAUCCAUUUCAUUAUCAGUAGAUAAUAAUUUACUUUCUCUUUAUCCACAUGUUAAUAUGUUAAUCAAUCGACUUUAAAUAUAAAAAUUUAUAUACUUCCAGAAUAUUUAUGUAUAACUGCUUAUUUUACUUUCAGAUAUUUUUCGUUUUUUACAGUCUCAUCAAAUACUAUUCAUGAAUUAUAUUGGCGUUUUUUUAUCUUAUUGGGUUAGUCACUUGGUAGUUUAUCUUUUUCACAUCAAUUUAUUCGUCAACGAGUUUGUUGUGUUCUUAUAAUGACACAUCAUACGUAUUAAUAAUUUUACGGUUAUUAAUAGUGGUUUAAUUCAUAUUCCGUGUUCUUAUUGAAUACCGAUGUUGAAACUUAAACUCAUCGUUAUAAAGUCUUGGGGAAUCUAAACUAAGUUGUUUCUUGUUGUUUUAUUCCUUACUCAUUGAGUUGUUUUAUCAAGCAUGAAAUUGACCGACUUAUAGACGUCUUCUCAUACCGACAGUAUUAUUUGUGAUUUUAUGUACGUUUGUUAUUUUUCAUCACUACCUUAUAAGAAUAGCAUUGAUCUCACACACCGGUAUCAGGGUAUAUAAUUGUUUUCUGUAAAAGUAACAGGCUUUUGAAUUGAAUAGAGUAUAUGCCUCUGGGAUGUCUUUGGAAUCAUGAGCCAUGUUAAAAGUUUGCUGGGUAUUAUGAAUAUAUAAGAUUUACUUCUCUUGAAGUUUGCUAAGAACUUUAAUGGCUCAGUUUGUACUUUAGCUUUCAUAGUUCACGCUCUCACAAUUCUGCGUUAAAUUUGUAGUUCG